UAUUUUUAAUUUCUAAACAUUUUUCCACUGAUAAGGCUAAAUGAAUAAUGAUAAUAGUUCCUGUUGGUGUGUCUGUGUACAGGAAUGCUCAGUAUAGGUGCUGUAUGCAUUUGCUUCAUUUUACAUAUUUAUCAUUUGAACAUUUUCAUUGUUUUGUUAUCUGUAUUUAACUUUCUCAACCAAUAAAGUCUCUUCGACGGCAGCAGCGUAGGUCUGCUUUCGUUUCGCUGACAGCACAACAUGAUUAGAGAUAAACCUGUGGUUUAACAAUGGCUCAGAGACUAUUUAGACUGCGGCCAGCCACCUGCGCAAAGCCACAGGUCAUGAGGAAAUGCUUUAUUUGAAGAUACGAUCACGUGUAUUUCAGCAGAAACGGUAAGUGCAAUGAAACUGACCUUAUAAGGCCCCUUAAUCUUGGCCUAACUUGGAAGAUCUCAUUUAAACUGAACAACAUGUUGCUAAAACAGGCCAAAACAACGCCCGACGAUCAAAUAUACACAGUGCAAGAUUUUCAUUUUGUACAACAUCAGCAAUACCUCACAUAAAGGUGUCAUGAAAGAGGCUAAACCGAAACAGCAGCUUCCUCUUCUCUUCGUGGACGCCUUCCUCCUCCUCCUCCUUCUUCUUCCUCUGUCUCAGUCAUAUGCUGGCAACCCUCAGCAUCACCGACUAUUGUGUCUGUGGACAGUUGUUCAUCUACAAACCCUCCCACCUCUGGCUUCUUGUUUAUGGGUGCGACAACGCAGCCUCUUGAAGAAGAACAGAAGUCUUUUUAUAUCCUCCUCAACCAGAAACCAACCUUAAGAAGAUGUCUGACGCUCUCUGUAUUGUGGGUUCAAUGUUUGGAUCGGCAGAAGCACAGCAAGAUUGUGGAUCCUGUUACAUGAUAAACAUGAACUCCGUACUGGGCAUCAUUGCCUCUGACAUUAUUUUGACCAUCUUCAUCACUAUCUCUGUGUUCUGCGUCGCGACUCACCAUCGGAGGAGGAGAGAUUCGCAUGAUGGAAAAAGAAAUGUGCCAUCAUCAAUGUCAAAGAAAAUGGCAACAGAGGUCACAGAAUCCCCCUAUCAGGAGUUACACGGGGUCCAAUCAGAUGUGUACAGUGAGCUUCGGCACUUUAGGAAAUAAAAGUAGAAAACUAAAGCUGUCAGCCAGAUUAUUUUAAACUGUCCGCUACAAACAUCUUGCUUUGCUAUUUGUCUGCUGUAUCAUUGUGUAUUUUUGCAAGAAACUCAUAUAUAUUUUAUUCAGUGUUGUGCUGAAAGUGAUGUUACUGUGGCACUUACUUUGUUUUAUAUGUAUAUGUAUCUUAAAAUAUGUAUUCGUAUUUAACUAAAUAUAAAUUAAACUACAUUUUAAACCCAAA